CUGUCCUUUCUUCCCUUUUAUUUUCACCCUACUUUCUUACCAUUUGCUUCUGGCUCUUCCAACAAUGGAAGCUUUCAGCUUACUAAGAUACUGGAGAACAACAACUAAUGCCGCCGGUAGUGACACAACCACCAAUGCUCACGUCAGCACAUCCACCGCAACCACCACCACCAUUGUCACCACUCAGUCGUCUGAAACAGACGACGACAACGACCACGGCCCGUUCUUCGACUUAGAGUUCAGUUUACCGGCAGAAGAAGAAGAAGACGAUGAUGACGCUGUAGAUGUUACACAAGCUGCUGCAGAAAACAAGGUUUUGAAAAACGCUGAAGCUGAAAACAGUGACGAAGAAGAAGAUGUUGAUGGAUCUGAUGAGUCAGGAGAUGAGGAUGAGGAUGAGAGUGAGUUGAAGUUCACUCUUAUAGACUCUGACUCAAGCGGUGAUGUGGUGAACGUUUCUGUUUCGCCUUCAGAUGAGCUGUUUUUCAAUGGCGGUUUUGUUCCUGUUGAACAACAACAAACUGCUGAAAUUAGGUCAAAACCGUUGCAGUCUCAGUCUCAAUCUCAACCUCGUGUUUUGUUGAUGAAAUCCGCUACGAAGUUUCGAGUUAUGAUGUUGAAGCUUAAAAAAAUCAAAUCGACUGAAACUACAGAUUCUAAUUGUUCAAGUUCGAAAGAAGAUGCUCCUAUUGUUUCGUUGUUCAAGAGGCACAACAGCUCAAAAGCUCCAAAAAAGCGUCAAAACGACGUCGUUGAACCGGUUUCUGUUUCUUCAGAAGAGAAGAAGUUUUCGAAAGAGGCGAUGCACAAGUAUUUGAGAAAAGUUAAGCCUCUGUACGUUCGCGUUUCGAACAGAUACGGUGAGAAGUUAAAAUUCACCGGACAGCUGAAGAAAUCAAAAUCAGAAGUUACAGAACCAUCACCAGAGUCUUCGGCAACAGAAAAGGAAUCUAAAUCCGAACCACCGGCGGCGGUUAAACAAGGUAAUUUACCUGCAGGACUUAGAGUAGUCUUGAGAAAGAGCCGGUCAGCUUUUACGGCGGUUGCGGCUGCUCCUGCAGGUGCAGUAUUGUCAAACCGCCGUGACGAUUCGUUGAUACAACAACAGGAUGGGAUCCAGAGCGCUAUUUUACACUGCAAAAGAUCAUUCAAAGCUUCUAGAGAUUCGGACUGUUCUUCAAGUUCAGGAAGUGAUCCUGUGCCGUUGUUGUUGGGUAAAAGCGAAAACAGUUGCGAUGCGGCUGAGGGGACGGCGGAAAUCAACAAAAGGUAAUGAAAUGAUGAUGUUGAUUGUCAUGGAAACUACGACUUUUGAAUAAUAGUAAUCAAUCAAGUAGGGAAGGAGGGAGGGCCGCAGUUAGUAAAUUUAGCUUGUCUAUGUGAUGCCCCCGCAGUAGUAAAUUAGACAUUAAUGGGUUCUGUAAAGUUUAUGUAACAAUAAAUUGUUAGAUAUUAUAUUAUAUUUUUAUAUUUAUCUA